AUGGGUUGUUUAUAACCUAAAAAACUUAAUAGGAUAGUGGCUAUGCAAACCACUAAUAAAGAUCUCGUAUUCACUUCUACUGCGGAUAUUCAUAAGCUUUAUUCGUUUGGUAAAGUAUUAGGGAUUGGUGCUUUUGGUAAGGUAUUGGUUGCCAAAAUGAGAAACAACAAUUCCAAGCAAUAUGCAAUUAAAAUGAUCGAUAAGAGGAAAGUAAGAGGAAGAGAAGCAAUGCUGGCAAAUGAGAUCUACGUGCUUUAGAAGUUAGAUCAUCCUAAUAUAAUUAAAUUUUAUGAGGUAUAUCAAAAUGAACUCUACUUCUACAUCAUAAUGGAUUACUGCGAAGGAGGAGAACUGGUGGAGCGGAUACAAAAAAGUCAAAAAAAUCUUAGUGAAGGUCAAGUGCAGAACAUAAUAUUUAAAGUAAUUAUUGAAUACUAAGUGAGAUCUGCUCGGCGAUUAUGUAUAUUCAUGAAUAGGGCAUUAUACAUAGGGAUAUUAAACCUGAAAAUAUUUUAUUUUCAACGAAAGAUCCAAAUGCUGAGCCAAAAUUAAUCGAUUUUGGAUUAGCUAUAAAAUUCGAUUCAAGCAAUCUUAAGUAUUCAGAAAUUAAAUGACUUAGAUAAUUGAAGGCAGCUGUAGGUACUCCUUUGUAUUUGGCACCCGAGGUUAUCGAGGGAAAAUAUAAUGAAAAGUGCGAUGUUUGGAGUCUAGGCAUUUUACUCUUUCAUCUAUUAUGCGGGUAUCCACCAUUUUAUGGCAAGAAUAGAGCCGAUCUUUAUGAAAAUAUCUAGUAUCAAAAUGUAUAAUCUCAACAUCUAAAAGUAGUUGAUUUUCGAUAGGAGACAUUGGAAUAAUGUUAGUGAUGAGGCUAAAGAUUUGAUUAAAAAGAUGUUGAAUAAAAAUCCGAAUAUUCGACCAAGUGCUAAGGAUUGUCUACGUCAUCUUUGGUUUCGUAGAAAAUUUUAACAUCCAGUUAAAUUGUAAAGAGGCAGGACUACUAUAAUAUCAAUGAAAUCCCCUUAAUUUGAGGAUCAGAGAUCAAUAUAUUAAAUGUUGAAAACAUACAGAAUUGGUGCUAAAUUUAAGAAGGAGGUAAUGAAAGUGUUAGUAAAUCAAAUGAAUGAAAAAGAAUUGGGGAGAUUAAAAAAAGUAUUUUAGAAAAUAGAUGUUGAUAAUUCAGGAACUAUCACUGUGUAAGAAUUGAAAGAAGCAUUAAUGGAGGAAGUAUAAACAAACAUUAAAUUUAGGGAUCACAUAUAAGUCAUGAAGAGAUAGAAUAAUUGAUCCAACUAGUUGGAUUUGAAGUUUUGGAAGAGGACAAAGAGGAUAAUGAUUGUGCGUCUACAACCAAAUCAAGCAAACAACUUGUAAUCAAAUAUAGUGAUUUUCUGGCUGCAUGCAUUGAUGAAAGAAGAGUUCUAACCAGAGAAAAAGUACUCUUUAUUUUUAUAUGCUAGUUGUGGUCUGUAUUCAAAUAUUUUGAUACUUAAGAUGCCAAUUUUAUUAUGAAAGAAGAUAUCAAAGAAGCAUUAGCCAGACAUGGACGAUAAUUAUCAGAUGAGAAAAUAGAAGAAAUGAUUUAUGAAAUCGAUCCUAAUCAUGAUAACAAAAUUAGCUUUGAAGAGUUCUGUUAAAUGAUGGGUGUGGCUGGAGUUGAACAAACUAUGGAUUUUAAGGAUGAAAUAAAAGAACAAUUAAAUUUUCACCAAUCUCAAGAAUGA